AUGGGUCGCGUCGCUUUCUUGUCUCUGCGAUUUUUGCAGCUGGUCUUGUCUGUCGCUAGUAUCGGUUUGAGUGCAUAUGUUGUCCAUGAUUACGACCAGAGAAGUCGAGGCUCAGCGCCUUCGCCGUUUUCCUACCUCAUGACCUCGUCCAUUGUCUCGAUCAUCUCCGUCGUCUACCUCACCGUCGCUCCUCUUUACAUCCCUCGUAUCUACCACCAAUACGCUGGAGUCGUUGUCGAGUCUGUCAACGCCGCUCUCUAUUUCGCCGGGUUCAUCGCCAUUGCCGUCUUCAUCGGGUCGCUUAUCAUGUGUGAGGGAACCGUUUGCUCGUGCGCUCGUGCCGAUGCCGUUGUUGCUGCUGGACAGUUUACAGCGUGGAUCACGACGACCGCCUUUACAGCCAAGGAGCUGUUCCAAAAGACUUUCCAGGAGCCCAAGAAGGAUAUCGACGGCCGGGAAAUGGGACAGGCUUGA